AUGUCAGCAGGAUGUGUCAUUACUGGCGUUAUGGAUCUAAAAAGCGAGCUGCUGAAGUCCAUCUGGUACGCGUUCACGUCUCUGGAUGUAGAGCAGAGCGGAAAAGUGUCCAAGUCGCAACUGAAGGCCACAGAGGGGACGUUCAGCAAGGAAGCCUUUGAUGAUCUGUGCUGGACGAUGACAUCAAAGAAGAACUGCAAACCCAGCAUUCAACAGGGCCUGUGUUCACAGAAAGACUGCUUCAAACUCUUCUGUCUGUUCAACCUGCUUUCUGAAGACCGUUACCCAUUAGUCAUCAUUCAGCCGGAGUUAGAGUACCUGCUGAAGAAAGUCUCCAGUGCAGUGAGCCUGGAGUGGGAUGGGACGUUACUGGAUGAACUUUUGUCCCAGAAUGCUGCUCUUCAGGACGGCAUGUCAGUGUGGGAGUUCCUGGAACAUUUGAGUGCUGGCCAGCUUUUGCAUGUUGAGAGUAAGGAGGCCUUCAGUCUCGCUGUGGACGAUGUUUUCAUGGAGAUGUACCACAACAUUAUCAAGAAGGGCUACCUGUUAAAGAAGGGGCAUGUUCGCAGGAACUGGCAGGAGCGCUGGUUUGUUUUGAAGCCCAGUAGCCUGAUAUACUAUGUCAACGAGGACCUGAAGGAAAAGAAGGGAGAGGUCCUGCUGGAAGAGAGCAGUGUGGUGGAGAAUCUCCCCGAUAAAGAAGGGCGACGCUGCCUGUUCUGUGUGAAUGCUCCCGUCAGGACCUACGAGAUGAGUGCCUCAAACAUGAAGCAGAGAGUAGACUGGGUACAAGCCAUUCAGACAGCAUUGAGAUUGAGGGCCGAGGGGAAGAGCUCUCUCCAUCAGGAGCUGAAAUUGAGCAGACGCAAGCAGAGAGAAACCCUUCAGAGAAGCCAGAACAACCAGAGCAGCCACAAUGAACCCAUUGCAGUUGAGGCGCCGCAGCACUUUGCUCCGGAGCAGCAGGGGGAGACGGAGUGCUUGGAGCAACACAUUGAAAGCAUCAUUCAAAAACAGAGGGAGGUGGAAGCAAAGCAUAAAGAAGAAGAAAAGCAGGAGCAAGAGAAACAGCAGGCAAUACAGAGAGAUCUGGAGAGACAGCUUAAAGAAGCUAAAGAGGCCAAAGAGAAGAUGACAGCUACGUUGACUGAGAUGGAGAAGGAGGUACAGCAGCAUAAGAAAAGGAUUCAUGAAUUAGAACUCACACAAGAUAAACUGGAGGAGGCACUCAAUGCUCAGAUUCACGCCCGUUUAGAAGAAGACGGAAUCCGACAGGAACUGGAGAGGCAACUUGCGGAGGAGCAGAAGAAAGUUAUAGAGCUUCUCCUCCAUCAAAGUCAGCUGGAAACCUCUGCUGUGGGGAGUCAGGAGGAUUCUUCCACCACAACACCUCCCAUCAGUCAGCAAACAGAAGAGAGCACAGAGGAGAUACCUGUCCAUGAAUCGACUUCCACUGCAACACCACCCAACAUCCAGCAAUCAGAGGAGAGCAGCCAGCACAACACCGAAAGAGAAUUGGUGAAUCAGUCUACUACCACUCAGAUGCUUAAGCACUGGAAAAUUCAGCUUAACCGCCUCAUGAAGCCUAUCACACCAGGAGACAAAGUCGAAUAUCUGCCAGUAAAGCCCACCUGCCCCAGACAGGGCCAGGCCCUCACCAGCACAGAGUUCAUUGCUAAGGUUCAAACAGGCAUCACCCAAGAAAAGGGAAAUCGUUACAGCCCAUCACCAACACAAGAAGAGGAAGAACAGGGUUCCUAAAUCUGUAUAUCUACAGUAUAAUAGAUUAUACAUGUUUUGUACAGCUGGUUUGCCCAGUGUGUUUAGGUUUGGCUGCAGGUCAAAGUCUUAUUUU